AUGCCUGCAAGAGUGGACGGCUCCACGCCGCCCUCCUCGCCAGGUUCACCAAGCGAAGAUGAUGCACCAGGACCCGCGAGAGGUCAUCUCGCCAUCCGAGACAAAGGGAAGGGUCGCGAUGUAUCCAUUGGGAAGCGGAAGCGCGCAGACACGAACGGAGAACAGUCUUCACGCCGCCCCGCAAACGGCCGCUCCGGCGACAGGGACGAUGAAGAUGGCGACGAUGUUUACGACCCCGACCAACCCAUGGAGGAACGUCGAGAGAUCCAGCGUCGGCUGCGUGAGCUGCAGAAAGGUAUCAACGAGAAUAUGGAGGAGUACAUGAUGCCAGGUUCAAAAGGUCUCAAGGAGACUUUGAUGAUGGCGCAAGAAGUUGCCCGGAAUGUCAAGCAGACAACAGAAGCUACCAUCGACUCCCGCCUACUUGUUAGCGCAGUCGACAUGUCAUACCGCAAGACUGUGCGGUUGAUGCAGGGCAGCUCGGCAGAGGGCGUCGAUAUCGACGAGUUCGUCUCGAAAUGCUGCACCUAUAUGCGUCAAGCCGGCGGCAUCGAAGAUGACGAAGCACCCGAGCUUUCGAGCACGCAAAGGCGAAGACGCAGGACCGGUGGCGGCUCAAAUGACGAUGACGGGGAUAAUGACGAGGCGUUCAAUUGGAGCCACUUGGGAAGGUUCGCGUCUCUGCCUAACAUUCGCCGUCCAGCCUUGCCUGGCUUCCUACUGGGCCCGCUGUCUGUUGAGAAGAAGAUUCGAAAAAUCUCCAAACGAACAGCACCAUUCCGGCCAAACAAUUUGGCAGAAACAAGACCUGAAGUUCUGGAUGUCCAGGAUUUGGCCAAGAAGGAAAACGACCUUACGGCAAUCUGCGGUAAAAUCCUCAAGCAACUGCAAGAGACACAGGCGGAUGCCCAGACGAAGCUUGUGGAACUCUUUGACGAGAGAGAAAUGAGCGAGGAGGAACAAAUUCAGACGAUGCACGCAUAUGGCCUUCGAGAGACCGGCGGAGUCGACCUCCUACGCUUCGUCGUGAAUCCGAAGUCUUUCGGCCAGACCGUAGAGAACAUGUUUUAUGUCAGCUUCCUUAUCCGCGACGGCAAGGUCGGAAUUGAGUUCGAUAGCAACGAGCUCCCGUCUCUGAGUCCUAUUACUGGCGACGAGAUGGAAGAAGAGGGUGGAGUCAAGCGCGAAGUCGCAAAGCAUCAAGCCAUUUUUUCGAUGGAUAUGGAGACAUGGCAAGACAUCAUCGACACAUUCCACAUCACUGAGCCAAUGAUUAAGCACAGGAAAGAGGCAACGGCAUCGGGCCCCGGUGCUAGAGGUUGGUAUAGCUAG